AUGAACGAGCCGUCACUUGCAGAAGUAGUGAGAGAUCUUCACAAAGAUCUCCGCCGGAAAUAUGCGCUGCACGGGACCGCUAUUGAGAAGGUGUGGCAUUCUUUUGACAGCGCCACGCGAGCUAAAUGCCUCAAAGCCGGUUUAGUCGACGGAGGUGUGCUCGCACACCCACUGGAUAGGUCUUUGGGAGAUGUGUACAAGUUCGUACCUGAGAUAAACCUCAGGGACAUUGCAGAAUCGGGCUCGGACUUCCUGCUAGACCAUCUGCGGCACCGAGCAAACAAGUCGCUCAUUGAACAACUUCAAGCAGGAGUCCGCGGCGGUCAGGGUGAUUUGGACUUCAUCGAACUGAUGAUGCGCACGAAAAAUUUGCGGCAUGCGACUCGUUUCCGCAAUUGCAUCACAUUUUUCAUGGACGACGAAAAGUACGGCGAGUCGUUUGAAAUCGCACGCGAAAAGGGGGAGGUUUUGAACAAAAUUACGCCUGCUCUUAAGGCACGCGUCGCGGUUCCUCAGGCGACUGGCGAGCUGAUCCUGAUCAGACAACAGUGCCUCUUAAAGUCGUUUAACAUCCUUGUGGAAGAUAUACUGGAUGAGGGUGCUUGGGCCCAUGGCCAGAAGAAUCGGUCGAAGAAGAUGGCCAAAUCCGUGACUCAGGCACUAUCCAAGCUCACUAUCCUCGAGGCGCCUGCAUAUAUCAGCUUUUCGGAUCUUCUAGCCUACGCACACGACCAGAUGACUGAUUUCGAAGACUACCUCGGCCUUCUCUCUGUGGAGCCAGUCGUCCUAAAGCAUGCGGUCAACUUGCAAUUCGUUAGUCAGCCCGAGCUCAUCGCCGACGAGAAGGGCCGCACAAUGCCUUUUCACACCGACAAGUAUAUCAGCGGCUCCGUGUUUGACGUGGUCCACAACGCUGUCCAAGGCACUGCCAUCUGGACGUACAUUGCCCAUCUUCUCACAUUGCUCAGCAUAGGUGGACAAGACAAGGUGUUGCGGACAAUCGUUCUCCAGGAGCUCUCGAAUGCCUGCUAUCUAGAAUACGGGCGCGUCCAGACCACUCUCAAGCGCCAAGUUCAGAGAUGCUCCGGUGUCAAGUGGUUUAAGAGGAUUUCCGGCGCGUAUGACAAGGCCGGUAAUGCACGCAUUGUCGUGAAAGGGAACACGGCCAGCCUGACACGAGACAACCCACAGCUUCAGUACCUUAUCAGCCUCUGUCUCCCCGACACCAGUGUGUCCAAAGCAGCCGACUGGAUGAAGAAGCUGAGUAAUUUGCACAAGGUUCAUCCCCUGGAGCGAGAGAAGCUGGAAGAGAGCGAAGUCGACUCCCUUGGCGAUCUGGCCGUCAUCAUCGAAUUUUCUCAGGAUCUCUCCAAUGUCAUCCCAAUGCCGUCCUUCUCUCGCAACAAGGGGCAGACGUUUGUCUCUCGGAUGCAGGAGCUGCAGACUAAACUGAAUUUGCUCAAGAACCAAGUUGACCUGAGCGAAUUCGCUGCUCUCGUCGAUAACCUUUUGGUGCCCGGUAUGGCCGAAGGAGCCCUGCAGUUACUUGACAAGUUUGUGAUUGAGAAGGCCGGUAUGAAUAUAGGCAUUCUGUAUCAAGUCCUUGUCGAGGACUGCCUAUCAGGACUACAGCAACAAUUUGAGAUGACCAAGAUCAAGCUGACGCAGGGUGGCAAGGCCACUCCGCCAACCCCCCCUCUUGCAGAUCCAGACGCCCAGAAGUUCCUCUCGGAGCAGCAGGAACAAAAUCAGACGACGCCAACAGAUCAGUCUUCCUUUGAAUUCGCGCCGCGCAAGGACGUGGCCACCACUGUGGUGCCGGCAUCCCCCCCGCAGACCUUCCAAGUAAGCGCCUCGACAGCACAGGUUUUUGCUACGUUUUUUGCCAAGUCGGUCUCGCAGGGGUCUGUAACCUGGUCGGCGUUUGAAGCUGCCAUGGGAGAUAUGGGAUUUUCGGUCUUGCUCAAGUUGGGCUCAGUCUACACAUUUUAUCCUCCGGAUACCAUGCUGGCAAAGAAGCCGCUCACCGUUCAUCAGCCGCUUCGGUUCAAGAUCGAAGGCCACAUGAUUCUUAUCUUUGCACGGCGGCUGCGAACAAUUUACGGGUGGGAUGAGAGUACGUUUGUGGUCGCCUAA